AUCGUUCAUUGAUGUAUAACAAACAUUUGUUAUCUUUAUUAAAUCAUGAAGUCUCUAGUAAUAUUUUUAUUUAUGAGUAGUUUUUUGUUAAAUGUAAGUAAAAUAAAUUGUUUAUAUAAGCUUAGUUUGGAAUCGUCAAAUAAAAAUGUGAAUUGGAUGCUCGAAAACAGAAACAAGUCAAUAAAUAUACCAGGAACAGUCCCGGGAGGUGUUUAUACCGAUCUUCGAAAUGCAGGUAUCAUUGGUGACAUUCUAUCUGGCUAUAACGACGUACUUACUCGCUGGGUAGCUUACGAUACGUGGACAUACACUAGCAAAUUUAAUGUAAGCACAAAUAUUUUAAGCUCCGCUGUUGCGAAGUUGGUUUUAGAAGGUGUGGAUACAGUUGCUUAUAUAGAAUUAAAUGGCGAGCCUAUUGGUUUAACGAAGAAUAUGUUUAUUAGAUACGUGUUUGAUGUCAAGGAAUUUUUGAAGGAAGGCGAAAACAAACUUACGUUUAACUUUGAGUCACCAACCGAAUAUGCCAACAAUCGUUCGAAACGACACUUCGCAGCUCCUGAGUGUGUCCCAGACGUGUACAAUGGAGAAUGUCACGCAAAUCAGAUAAGGAAGAUGCAAGCCUCCUUCAGUUGGGAUUGGGGGCCGGCAUUUCCUUCUGUUGGACUCUGGAGAAAUGUUCGAUUAGAAUUUUUCAAUGGUGCCGUAAUAAGAUCAAUUACUACUUAUACUGAAAAAAAGGAGGAGAUAUGGUUUUUGAGAGUGAAAGUUUACUUAGAAACGGGCAAAAAUAUUCGAAAGAUUUCCGGGUAUUUGUCCGUUUAUUUAUCUGUUGAAGGUCAUUCAACGAUAAAAAUCGGCAAAAACGUAGAUACUCAGACAAAUAGUGAUGGAACAUUUGAUGUCGAACUUAAAAUGAACAUAAGCGAAAAUAUGAUACGUGAAUGGUGGCCGAAUGGGUAUGGAAGCCAACGCCUGUAUAAUCUUCUUAUCUUCUUUACCACAUAUGGGGAUCAGAAUGACCGAGAAAUUUCUCAUAAGCAUGUGAAAAUUGGAUUCCGUACUUUGGAACUUGUAGAACAAAAUGCUUCGUUAAUACUGGGAAAUGACACCCUUGCUGGUCAAGGUUUAACAUUUUACUUCAAAGUCAACGGGCGCCCACUCUUCAUGAAAGGAUCUAAUUGGAUACCGUCAAACGUUCUUCCGGAAAUCGGUGAUGCAGAUAAAAACCGAAUUGACAAUCUCUUGACUGCUGCUCGCGAUACACACAUGGCGAUGCUUCGUGUUUGGGGAGGGGGAGUUUAUGAGUCUGAUUACUUUUAUCAGCGUUGCGAUGAACUGGGAAUUUUGAUAUGGCAAGACUUUCUAUUUGCGUGCUCAAUGUAUCCCGUUGAUCCGGAAUUUAUAGAUAACGUGAGAGCUGAAAUACAACAUAAUGUUCUCCGUCUUCAGCACCAUCCUUCAAUAGCAGUUUGGGCAGGCAAUAAUGAAAAUGAGGUUGCUCUGCGUGGAAAUUGGUACAGUACUAAGGGACAGUUUGAAAAGUACAAGGCGGAGUACAUAAGACUCUACGUAGAUAACAUUAAGCCUAUAGUGGAAAGUAUCGACCCAGCAAGACGGUAUCUCGUUUCCAGUCCAUCGAAUGGCCGAAAGUCUGAAGAAGAUGGAUACAUCGCUAAAAACCCUUAUGAUCCACACUAUGGGGAUACUCACUAUUACAAUUAUUUAGCAGACAAUUGGGACUUAAAUAUCUAUCCGCAAACGAGGUUUGCGUCGGAGUACGGAUUCCAAUCUUUGCCAUCUCUUAAAACAAUGAAAACGGCAACGAAUAAAACAAGCGAUUAUAGAAUUGACAGUGACUAUUCGAAACAUAGGCAACAUAGUCCAAAUGGUUACAAUUUUAUUGAAACACAAAUGACUCGACAUUUGAAACUUAAUACACAUGAUCCGAAAUAUUUCGAAAAAUUUGUUUUUUACAGUCAGAUAACGCAAGCAAUGUCAAUAAAAGCUGAAACCGAGUUUUAUAGACAAAGCCAAGCUGAUUGGUACACGAUGGGUGCCUUGUAUUGGCAAUUAAACGAUAUAUGGCAAGCUCCAUCUUGGUCUGGAAUUGAAUACGGCGGAAAGUGGAAAAUGAUGCAAUAUUUUGCAAAGUCCUUUUUUGCACCAGUUUUAGUUUCUCCACGUUUGACCUUGACUAAAAAUGUUGACGUUUAUUUGAUUAAUGACAGAUUCGUUCCAAUAAUCAAUGCAAAUAUCACAGUUGAAAUGUUUAAAUGGGACAGUUUUAAUCCAAUCAAGUCUCAAUCUUAUUUGGCUAAUGUCAAGCCUUUAAGUAGCGAGAAACAGUUUACUAUAGAUUUAUGGUACGCAGACAAAAAAGAUGAAAUAUUCUUAAGGUUUAUCCUUCAAGCAGACGGAGUUACGUCAUCACCUAAAAAUUAUAUAUUCCCUGUACCGUUGAAAGAAACAAAAGGUUUGAAAACGCCUAAUAUAGAAAUACAAGUUUCAGAAAAAACGACAGUUUGUGCGGAUGGAAUUGAGUUCACGGUAAACGUGAACGUGGAUACAAUAGUUCUGUUUCUUUGGCUUGAAACUAAUUCUAUUGAUGGACAUUUCCAUGACAAUGGUUUUAUAAUAACUGAGCCAAAAACUAGGGUUAUUUUUUUUACGAAAGAAAAAAUAAAUGCACAACAGUUAAAGCGGGCAAUAACCUAUAAAUAUUAUGAAAACUAACGGUCUUAUUAUUUAUAAACAUUGUUUAGCGGGGGUACAAUUAAAAACCGAUUUUUCUCUUUCUUACAUCAUUGAUUUGUGAUAUACGAAAGAAAAAGACACGGCAUUUAACUAACCGUCCCAUAAACAAUAAUUAUAGGUAAAGCUGUUGGUAAUUAUUAUAAAAAUGUAUAUCAAUAUAUAAAUAGUCAUACAUAAUCAGUGAAUACAUUGCCUUCAAAAGUAACGAUUAUCGAUCUUUAACAUAAGGACGAGGAUAUUAAAUAAAAUAAAUUUUAAAAAGCAAAUGAAUUAUAUUUAUUUUCGCUUAUAAUGAAAUUGCGUAACUUGAAUGCUAAACUUAUUUGCAGUACAAUGCGUAUAAAUUAAUUUUUGGACGAUUUUUCUUGAACUGGUAAGGGCUUGUUUUUCAUUUGAAUAUAGAAUAAUUUAUUUUACAAUAGCAGCUAAUAAAUGAAUAAUACAAUAGCUUGAAAGUGAUUAUAAUAUUAUUUAAAAAUUUAAUUUAUAUUUUAUUAUAUUAAUAAUUUAAAAACUGACAACAUUUACAUUGAGAUAUAAAGAUAUUGGAAUUCAUUAUUAAUUCUAAUAUUGUUUGUCUGAUAUAAUGAAAAAUAUUACAAUUGUCAUAAUAUCUUUAUAUAGACGUAAUAAAAACAAUUAUAUUAUAAUAAUAAACUAAGUUCAAAUGUGUAUGGACUACGUACAAUAAUAUGCUUAGUUUAAAUAAUAUACAAAUACGGCCAAAGCUGUAGAAGGAGUGCCCUUACCUAUGUUGAAUAGGCACAAUAA